GAUCGCCGGUUGCUCCAGGAAUUCAACAAGAUCGAGCCUCCCCUGAUCUUCGAGUGUAACCUGGCCUGUUCCUGCUGGAAGACCUGCAAGAACAGAGUGGUGCAGGCUGGGAUCAAGGUGCGUCUCCAGCUGUACCGCACAGCGAAGAUGGGGUGGGGCGUCAGAGCUCUGCAGGAUAUCCCUCAGGGCAGCUUCAUCUGCGAAUACGUAGGGGAGCUGAUCUCAGAUGCUGAAGCUGAUGUCAGGGAAGACGACUCCUAUCUCUUCGACCUGGAUAACAAGGACGGGGAGGUGUACUGCAUCGACGCCCGGUACUACGGCAACAUCAGCCGGUUCAUCAACCACCUGUGUGACCCCAACAUCAUCCCCGUGCGCGUCUUCAUGCUGCACCAGGACCUGCGGUUCCCUCGCAUUGCCUUCUUCAGCUCCCGGGACAUCCUGACCGGGCAGGAGCUGGGGUUCGACUACGGCGACCGCUUCUGGGACAUCAAGAGCAAGUACUUCACCUGCCAGUGUGGCUCGGAGAAGUGCAAGCAUUCGGCCGAGGCCAUCGCGCUGGAGCAGAGCCGCCUGGCGCGGCUGGAGACCAGCCCCGAGGCCCUGCCCGAGCCCCCGCCCACACUGCCCGCUGCCCCCUAGAGGGCUGGCUGUCUGUCUGUCUCUGUCCGCCCUCCUGGGCCCCCGGCUGUCCGUCUGUCUGUCUCUGUCCGCCCUCCUGGGCCCCCGGCUGUCUGUCUGUCUGUCUGUGUCUGCCCUCCUGGGCCCCCGGCUGCCUGUCUGUCUCUGUCCGCCCUCCUGGGCCCCCGGCUGUCCGUCUGUCUCUGUCCGCCCUCCUGGGCCCCCGGCUGUCCAUCUGUGUUUCUGUGUCCGCCUGUCUGUCUGUCUGUCUGUCUCUCUCUCUGUCCAUCUGUCUGUCUGUCUGUCUGCACAGGUGCAUUGGGAUCUGUAUCCCUCUGUGCCUGUCUGUCUGCUCCAUGUCUCUCUGUGUCUCUGUCUGCCUGCCUGCCUUUUGUCUCCCAGUGCCUGUCUGUC